GUGACGGUGAAGAUGUCGCUGCGCCGCGCUUACUCCAUCAAGGACAAGCUGCAGGCCAUCGAGAGGGUGAAGAAGGGCGAGCGGCAGGCGUCGGUGUGCCGCGCCUUCGGGGUGCCGGGCGGCACGCUCCGGGGGUGGCUGAAGGACGAGGCGAAGCUGCGGUGGUUCCUGGAGCAGCUCGGCGGGGACGUGGGCACCCAGCGCAAGAAGAUGCGGUUGGCCAACGAGGAGGAGAUCGACCGCGCUGUCUACGCUUGGUUCCUGGCUCUCCGGCAGCACGGGGUGCCCCUCUCCGGGCCUCUCAUCCAGGCUCAAGCUGAAGCCUUCGCCCGGCAGAUCUACGGGCCGGAAUGUACCUUCAAAGCCAGCCACGGGUGGUUCUGGCGCUGGCAGAAGCGCCACGGCAUCUCCAGCCAACGCAUCUACGGGGAGGGUGGGCUCCCCGCCGAGCCCGAGCGGGCUCCGGCUGCUUGCCCUGAAUCCCUGCCCAUCCCGGCUUCCGACGCCGCAGGGUACGGGGAUGAGCAGAUCUACAACGCCAACGUCACCAGGCUCUACUGGAAGCUGCUGCCGGGGCAGACGGGUGAGCUUAGGGCUCGGCGACGAGCGGCUCCCCGCGAGCGUGUCACCGUGCUGCUGGCGGCCAACUUGACCGGCGCCCAUAAGCUCAAGCCGCUGGUGGUUGGGAGCCACCGUAACCCCCCCAGUCUCCGGCAUCACAACCAGGAGAAAUUCCCUGCUUGUUACCGCUACGGCCCCGAAGCCAGGCUGGGACCGGCGCUGCUCCGCGCUUGGUUCUUCGAGGACUUCGUGCCGGGUGUCAAACGCUACCUGCGCCGGAGCUGCCUGCAGCAGAAGGCUGUGCUGCUGCUCAGCUCCACCUCACCCUCCUCUAGGACAGACCCUGAGGAAUCACCCCCGUUGCAGACACCCGACGGCUCCAUCCGUGCUCUUUUCCUCUCCAAAGGUCCUGCUGGGAGCAGCUCAGCCGGAGCGGGAGGCCGUAUCCCGGCGCCACUGGAGCAGGGGGUGGUGCUGGCCUUCAAGCAGCUCUACAAGCGGGAGCUGCUGCGCUUGGCUGUCUCCUGUGCUGCUGGUGGCUCGGGUGGGCCCAUGGACUUCGUGAGGUCUUUCCUCCUCAAGGACAUGUUGUACUUGGCCGGGCUCUCCUGGGAUCUCAUCCCUCCUGGCUCCAUUGAGAAGUGCUGGUUGCUGGGGCUCCGCGCUGCCUUUGAGCCCCAGCCUGGAGAGGAAGGGCGUGGAGACCCCUCACAUGGGGAGGACGGUGGUGGGGACAGCAAAGUCUUUAGUGACUUGACCCAUCUGGCUGCAUUGGCCUACAAGCGUUUGGCUCCUGAGGAGGUGGCUGACUGGUUGCACUUGGAUGAUGCAGCCCCGGGUACGGAGGAGGACAAUGGGGAAGAGGACGCUGAGGAGGAAGGUCCUGGGGGUUAUGGGGAAGAGGAGGAUGAGGAUGAGGAGGCAGCUGAUGGAGGUGGCAGAAGGGGUGGCAAAGGAGGAGACACCUUGUUGCCCACAGCUCGAGAAGCCAUCAAAGGCCUGGAGACGGCACUGCGCUGGCUGGAGGGUCAGGACCCCCGACAAGUGGGGCCACUGAAGCUGGUGCAGCUCCGUUCCCUCAUCAGUAUGGUCCAGCGACUCCACCAUGGCAGCAGCCCCGAUUCCUAAGGCAGGGUGAGCCAGGACUUCUUGGCUACCAACCACCACCCCACUUGGGGCAGGGGGGACAACGGGGCUGGGGACACCCUGGUUGUCCCAGGGUGGACCUACCAGCGCUCCUCACCCGUCCAUCAUGGGGCCCAGGAGGUCUGAUUGCCCCUGGGCUACCACAGCUAAGGGUGGGGGAUACAAUUUAGGGCUGAUGGGUGGGUUGUGCAACAACUCCUCCGUGUGUUGUGUCUUUGAGGGUUAUUCCUCACUAAAGAACAUUGAGGAGGUGCUCUGGGACUAAGCAGUGGUGGCCCCCUGGUCAGUGGCACUACUAAAAGGGGGUGGAUGUCCCCAGCACUGCCCAGUCUUCCCAGUUCCAUGGGGAGAAGGGGUGAAGGAGGAAUGUGAGGAGCCAGGAUGAUGGGGGAUGUUGCACUAAGUAAUUGCCUGUAUCUUGGCUGAGGUGGGCACAUCCAGAUGGACAGGGACCACUCCUGGGGUGCUGGAAGGCCAAUGUUCUGAUCUGGAAGAGGCAGGUGAUGCUCUUCCCACUGCCAGAACAGAGUGCUGUUAAGCUGGGGUGGUUUGGGGCUGGUUUGAGACAACUUUCUUCAUGCACUGCAUUGGGGAUAAGGACACUUGAGUAGUACCUGAGAAGCUGCGGUUUCCCAGAGAAGGUCACCUCCAUCAUUCCCAUCCCAGCCCGGGAGCACCACAAAGACCUGCUGAAACAUCACCAGAGCAUCCUCAUGAAGCUGAAAGCUCUGGGGAUGCAGGCUCAGGUGCCUCAUCACUGGGUUUGUGGGGUGGUUGAGGCUGAAAGAGACAUCUCAUGGUACAAGGGAGAUGUUCCUCAUGAGUUGAGGUGGGAGCAGGGGGAUUCCCAGCAUUGCCUUGACAUACUGGAGGCAUCAGAUGUGAAUUUAGCAGCUCUUGAUCUAAUUUAGGUGAAUUUGGGGCCUGCUCAGCCUAAUUAUUGACAGGAGGAAUGCAACCACCCAUAACCCAUCAGUGCUGCCAUGCCCUGUGGCAGCAGUGGGGUGGGUGCUUCUGCUUGUUGGGUCUUUGUCUCAGAACUUGAGAGAUUAUGACAAUUAAAUGGAUUUUUAUUCCCA